UUUUAACGGAAAAGAAGCUAGAGCAUAUGUUAUCGGUCUCAGCUAGUCCAACAAUCGAUAGCAGAGAACACACCACCGGGCUGACAACCCUGGCGAGGAAAGCCAAGAAGAAGCACAGUUUGUAAAUAUAGAUUUUCUCUUGCGAUUUUUCCUGGAGACACCUCUUCACCAUGUCGGAUGCCCACUUGGAAGCGCCGCCCUCGGUGCGACUGACCAACGAUGACUUCCGCAAGCUGCUGGCCACGCCCCGUGCUCCACCUCCUGGCUCUGGGACGAGCAGCACUUCCGGCGGAGGAUCUCUGGCCACGGCCACCUUUGCCACGCCCUCCGCCGCCCCCGGCUCGACCGGAUCCAGUGGCGAGAAGAAGAAGGGCCAGAGCAGCAGCGAACGGAACGAUCUGCGGCGCAAGAAGAAAAACUUCUAUGCGGCACUAAAAAAACAGGAGGAUGUGAAGCUGCAGGAGCUAUCGGAAAAGUACAGGGACCGAGCACGAGAGCGACGCGAUGGCGCCAAUCCGGACUACGUGAACGUGAGCACGCCGGGUCAUGGAAGCAGCACCAAUGCUUACCGAGCAGUAGCCCCAGAUAUGAAGUCGGGAAUCGAUGCGCAAGAACGAAGGAGACGUAUCAUUCAGGAAUCCAAGUUCUUGGGCGGUGACAUACAACACACGCAUUUGGUGAAGGGUCUGGAUUAUGCCCUGUUGCAGAAAGUGCGCUCCGAGCUGCACUCCAAGGAGGCGGAGGAGGAGGAGAUAGCCGCCGCCGUGGCCAGGGAAAAGCUGGCCGAAGCAGCUGCCGCCGCCGAGCAACUGGAAGCGGAGCGCCGGGAGUCGGAGGACAUCAAUGCCAUUAACGGCGCGCUGGCCCGUAACAUUUAUAAUCUAGUCCAGGCACGGCGAUCCAAAGAAGUUCCUCGCAACGAGCUCUUCGCUCCGGGACGGAUGGCUUAUGUCAUCGACCUGGAUGAUGAGCUGGGUGAAUCGGAUAUUCCAACCACUUUAAAGCGCUCCAAAUUUGAAGUUCCGGUGGCUCGGGAGGAUGUGGCCACGCUGACCACCAAUGACAUUGUAAUCAACAAGCUGUCACAAAUCCUAAGUUAUCUGCGUGCCGGAGGUCGCAACAAAAAGAACAAAAAGCGCGACAAGGACAAGCCGCUCUUCUAUGAAAAGGAGGUGGAAAACCUACGGGGACCGUCCAGCGGUGGUGGCAACAAUCGCCAUCCCAACUCCUCCUCAUCCACCAACAAGGAGGGAAAAUCCGCUCCAUUGGGCGACAACAUUUACGACGAUGUUGGGGACUACCAACCCACUGCCUCGCGAGGGGAUCGCAACAGACAAGAGCCCGGAAAACCUGCCGUCUCCUAUUUUGGCGACGCUCCUCCUGAGGCGGCUGAGGAGCCGCUAAUCUCCAGCAUUCCCCCGCCACCCAAGAUAUCCAAGGCAAUGGCCUCACGGUUUGCCGAGCCCGAGGGCUACGCCGAGUGCUAUCCGGGGCUGGAGGAGAUGAACGACGCCAUCGACGACUCCGACGAUGAGGUGGACUACACCAAGAUGGAUCUGGGCAAUAAGAAGGGACCCAUUGGGCGCUGGGACUUUGACACGCAGGAGGAGUACUCGGACUACAUGAGCACUAAGGAGGCGCUGCCCAAGGCCGCCUUCCAGUACGGCGUCAAGAUGCAGGACGGCCGGAAGACGCGCAAGAACAAGACGGAGAAGAACGAGAAGGCAGAGCUGGAUAGGGAGUGGCAAAAGAUCCAGACAAUCAUUCAAAAACGAAAACUUCCCAAGGAUGGAGGAGGUGGCGGUGGUGAUGAGCCCGAAUACAAGUCAUCCAAGUACUAGAAAUUCUUGAAACAUUAUUCUAUAUUUGUAAUGUAAUUAUGUAAAACAUUAAAUAUAAGUAUGGGCUUACUUGUAUUACUCUUACAUACUCUCAAAUACAUAUUUUAGCAACGUUA